GAGAGAGAGAAGUCUGGCCACUGAAGCUUUUGGUUAACUAACUAACUAAGAGCUUAGAAGAAAACAUAGCUUGCAUUGAUGAGGAUUAACUUCCCAGCUCAUCCCAAUAAGGCACAGCAUGUACUGUAGAUGAGGACAGCUUGUUUUUCUGCUUCUUCAGGGUAGUCAAGUGCGCACACAGCAGCAAGUGGAGCUACAGAGAACUUUGACUUUUUUUCGCACGCUCGUAAACUUUUUUCCCGUCUCAUCUUGGAGGGGCACGGCGCCGCUCCCUAUCUUUUCAGCGCAGCCAUGUACAGCAUGAUGGAGCACGACCUGAAGACCACGGUGCCCAGCCACCAGACCAUGCCGACCGGGAUGCCACCUGUGAACGGCGGCUCCAUGCACGCGGUCGCCAACGGGAUGACCGCCGCCAACGCCCACCACACCACCAGUAGUCACGGCGGCGGCAACAACAAGCAGUCGGCCGCCAACCAGGCCGCCGUGGACCCCAUGGACAAGAUCAAGAGGCCCAUGAACGCCUUCAUGGUGUGGUCGCGCGGCCAGCGCCGCAAGAUGGCCCAGGAGAACCCCAAGAUGCACAACUCGGAGAUCAGCAAGCGGCUGGGGGCCGAGUGGAAGCUCCUGACCGACGCCGAGAAGAGGCCCUUCAUCGACGAGGCCAAGCGUCUCAGGGCCCUGCACAUGAAGGAGUACCCCGACUACAAGUACAAGCCCCGCCGCAAGACCAAGCCCGUGCUCAAGAAGGACAACCCCGCCGCCAAGUACCCGCUGUCGGCCGGUAACCUCCUGGCCGCGGCUGCGGUCCAGGGCCCCGGGGGAAGCCCCAGGAUGGACGGCUACGGCUGGGGCCACACCGGAGGGUAUGCGGGCAUGCAGACCGACGCGCUGGGCUACAGUCAGCAGCCUUAUCGAUACGACCUCUCGGCCCUGCAGUACCCCUCUGCCAUGACCACGGCUCAGACGUACAUGAACGGCGCCAACUCCUACAGCCCCAUGUCUUAUGGCAGCAGUCCCCAGCAGCCCAGUCCAGUCAUGCCAAUGGUGAAGGCCGACCCACUGUCACAUUCCCCCACUGGGGCCCCUAACCACCAGCGAGGGCCCCUGCAAGGGGACUUGAGGGACAUGAUCAGCAUGUAUAUCCCCAACGGCGAUACCAGCGACACGGGCGUGCAGAGGGGCUACCCAAACCUGCAGCAGCACUAUGUGGGCGGCACGGCACCCCUCACCCACAUCUGAGUACCCAGGCCGCUGUGAGGUGUUGUGAAGUCACACACACACACACACA